GCCUCACACUGCAGGUGCACUCUACGUGCGUGGCAUUAACGCGGUUUAUGUUCAAGUUCUUCAAAGUGCGAGCGUGUUUCACCACUUAUAGUUUAAGCCUAGGCCUACAUCAAGAGGACUGUGUACCAUGGCAUCAGACUGGUUGGGUAGUCUUGUCUCCAUAGACUGUGGGACCACGCUUGGAAUAUACCAAGGAGAGGUCUCAGCUGUUGACCCGCGCGCUCAAACCAUCUCCCUGAGGCAGCCGUUCCAAAAUGGCAUCCGAUGUCCAGUUCCCGAGGUUUCCUUUAGUGCCUCUGAUAUCAAAGACCUUACCAUCCUGGAUAUCCCCAAAGUCAGAGGGACCUUGAAUAAGAUCUGCGAAAGCAAGCUGUCCUCGCUACCAGCCAAGAUCGGUGAGAGCAAGCUGUCCACUUCACCAGCUGAGGAUAAAGGACCCGGGCCUCCUAAAGCCCCAAUCACCAUCCUACGUAGAGGAGCCCCCCUGGCCCCCAGAGCUGUGUCACAGGCCUCCAUCCCGCCUGUCCCACGCAGGAGCAGCUCAGCAGGCGCCUCCACUGGCCGCGUGAAGGACAAUGAGUGUUUCGGCGAUGCCACCACAGAGGGUCUGGACGCCGAUUUCGACUUCGAGGGCAACCUGGCGCUCUUCGACAAGGCCGCCGUCUAUUCCCAGAUGGAUCGAAAUGGCAACAGCAACGGGUCGAGACAACGGAGCACGCCUGGCAACCCGGCAGUGCCCAGCUACAGGCAUGAUGAGAACGUGCUGGAGGGUCAGCCAGUGGUCUACAGGCAGAUUACCGUGCCACAGCAUGGGGGCAAGGAGUUCUGCACAGACUCGGGGCUGGUGGUACCCAGUGUAUCCUAUGAGCUGUACAAGCGGCUGCUGCAGGCGUGUGAGAAGCAGGGCCUUUCUCUGGAGCGCAGGAUGGAGAUCACUGGAGUCUGCGCCUGCCAGAUGGCCCUCACACUCCUUGGAGGGCCCAACCGACUGAACCCCAAAAACGUGCACCAGCGCCCCACGGUGGUGCUCCUGUGUGGGCCGCACGUGCAGGGCGCUCAGGGGGUCAGCUGCGGCCGGCACCUGGCCAACCACGACGUGGAGGUCAUCCUCUUCCUGCCCAACUUUGUGAAGAUGCAGGAGGCCCUCACCCACGAGAUCAGCCUCUUCGGACGUGCCUGGGGCAAGCAGGUGUCCAGCAUCAGAGACCUGCCCACAAGCCCAGUGGAUCUGGUGGUCAACUGCCUGGACAGCCACGAGAACCCUCAGCUGAGAGAGCAGCCCUGGUACCGUGCGGCGGCCCAGUGGGCUAACCAGAACAAGGCUCCGGUGCUCACCAUCGACCCUCCGGUGAGCCCACAGGGCCAGGCGCCGCCGGCCGUGGAGGCCAAGUGGUCCCUGUGCCUGGGCCUGCCACUGGCCCUGGGGGAGGGGGCCGGCCGGGUCUACCUGUGCGACCUGGGGCUGCCCAGGCAGGUCUUCCAGGCUGUGGGCAUCCACUACCAGUCGCCCUUCGGCUGCAAGUUUGUCAUCCCCCUGCACGCUGCUGCCUGACGUCAAGACAGGGAUUUCAGCUUUGGGCUCUGUGGAGUCAUGCACACACACUCACUCUUUCUGUGUCUCUCUUUGUCUCUCUCUUUCAAUCUCUCUGUCUCUCACACACUCUCUCUCUCUCUCUUUCUCUCUGUUCUCUCUCUUUUCCCUUUCUCGCUCUCUCGGUCACACCACGCACGCACGCACGCACGCACGCACACACACACACACACACACACACGCACACGCAUACCCUGUGCAAACACUAAAUCACUCCUUUAAUAAAAACACACACCUUUGACUGCAAGCA